CUCAUUUCCAUCCUCCCCAUUCACAGCUCCCACCCUAUCAGUUUCUCACCGCCGAUUCAGAUUUACGCUGGUCCGAACAGAGGUACAAGAGACAUCAAUGGCGGACCAACAGAAUUGCGUGAGAGUUACUCGCCUGGCGAAGAAGAGAGCGGCGGAAGCCAUAACUGCUGAACACAUACAACAGAGGAAGAAGAGGGUGGCUUUGGCUGAGAUCAAUGACUUCCUGACCGUGAAUCCGGAAGAGAUUCAAAACCUGGAUCCUAAACCUCAUAAUCGCAAGCCUAACCUGGCAAAGAGGAGGGUGAAGCAGGAGAAAUUUACAACAAAUACGGCGGAGGAGGACGGCGUAGAUUUAAAACCCGAUGAUCCUCAGAUAUGCAGCGCGUAUUCUUCUGAUAUAUACGUGUAUCUGCGUCAAAUGGAGGCGCAGGAGAGAAGAAGGCCUUUGCAGGAUUACAUGGAGAAGGUUCAGAGGGAUGUGAGUGCAAACAUGAGAGGGAUCUUGGUUGACUGGCUCGUUGAAGUUGCUCAGGAAUACUCGCUUCUCCCUGAAACUCUGUAUCUAACUGUCAAUUAUCUGGACAGGUUCCUAUCUGUAAGCCCUAUUCCCCGGCAAAAGCUCCAGCUUCUGGGCGUUUCGGCCAUGCUCAUUGCCUCGAAAUAUGAGGAGAUCAGUCCUCCACAUGUGGAUGAUUUCUGUUACAUCACAGAUAAUACCUUUAACAAGAAAGAAGUUGUGAAGAUGGAGCAAGAUGUACUCAAUUCCCUUAAGUUUGAAUUGGGAAAUCCAACCAUCAGAUCUUUUCUCAAAAAAUUUAUUGAGCUUGCUGAAGAGGACUAUAAAACAAGAAAAGUGCAGUUUCAGUUUCUAGUGUAUUACCUAGCAGAGUUAAGUUUGCUGGAUUACUACUGUGUAAAGUUUCUCCCAUCAAUGGUGGCAUCUUCUGUAAUAUUCCUUGCAAAGUUCACACUGAAGCCAAAUGUCCAUCCAUGGAAUCAAGAAGUCCAUCAAUACACUGGGUAUAAGCCUGCUGAUUUGAAGCAAUGCGUUUCUAUCAUACAUGACCUGCAAUUAAGUAAAAGAGCAAGCAAUUUGGUGGCUUUAAGAGACAAAUAUAAACAGCACAAGUUCAAAUGUGUUUCAUCACUUCUUUCUCCAGUACAAAUACCGGAGUCCUACUUCGAAAAUCCAAAACUAUGAGAGCUGGAUAGGAAAAGAAGCUUCACCUCGCAGCCAAACAUUUAUUUAAGCUGGAGGAAGAUCCUCAAUUCCCCAUGGUGACUGCUUAGGGUUGGCAAAGAACACCUUGAUCUUUUGUUUUUGACAAACUGUAUACAAACCUCAAAUGAAUUCUUACAUCCAAAGGGUAGUUUGAAAUUACCUGGUUAGAUUUGUAUGGUUUGGUUAGAAUAGAGAUAUGUACUCGUACUUUGGUAAUAACUAAAGUGAAUCAGAGAAGUGAAAUACUUAGGAGCAUGUUUGUAAUUUAUCUAUAUUUGAAGGAGAUUUUGUUGGAUUUUGAUGAAAUUGCAACACUGGGUUGCUGAAUCCCCUCAUUUUAAGGUCUCUCACUUCAGCCCUGAAAAUUUCAUGCAGAGUUGCAUUCGGUCC